AUGGCUGGCCCUGGCCCCGCCACACAUCCAGUCCAAGUCCCUCCCGUGAGGCCGCUCUACAGAUUCGCUGCUACAACGCUAGGUGCCUCGAUGUGGUUCUUUUUGAUGUACCGCGCAAAGAAAGAUGGACCCGCCUUGCUCGGCUGGAAGCACCCGUGGGACCAUUGA